CCUUCAGUAUAGUUAUGUGAAUGAGUUUCGGAUAAGUUGAAAUAGCAAACGGAUGACCUGUGAGCAGUUAGUGUUAAGUAGCAUGCAUAUGCGCUCACACAUGACGAACCUAGAAGUGUUUACAAAAAUAAUAUUUUCUGUUGUUUGAGAGGAGUUUUAAGUUCAAUUUGUUGUUGGUGUUGUUGUUGGUGUAAUUUAAUUGUUUUAUUUUGGAAAAUUAAGGCGAAAGAAAAAUAUUAUUUUAUUACUUACUCGUCGCUGGUUGAUUGGUGUGAUUACGGAGUUUAAACGAUUCAUUAUUUUUUUGGAACAUUUUCAUUGUGUGAAUACCGACCAGACAGUGAUUUGUAUUUCCUUUGUAUAAGGAAAAUAAUAGCAAAGAAAAUCGAAAAUAAAAUACAAAAAAAUAAGAAAAAAGAAAAUUGAACAGUGUAGGAACAUAUACACACAAAAGGAUAAUUCACGCUUGACUCGUUGCAACGUUUGGUCAAUUUUUCCUUCAAACAUGGACUCAUCAGAAAACCAAUCUCAACAAUACGGCGAGGUCAAUCAACUCGGCGGUGUAUUUGUCAACGGCAGACCACUACCAAAUACCACUCGUAUGCGGAUCGUCGAAUUGGCGCGGCUGGGUAUUCGUCCAUGUGACAUCUCACGACAAUUGCGCGUAAGCCAUGGCUGCGUAUCGAAAAUCCUCGCCAGAUACAACGAAACUGGAUCCAUUCUGCCCGGUGCAAUUGGUGGCUCGAAACCACGUGUGACCACACCCAAAGUGGUCAGCUACAUCAGAGAGUUGAAACAGAAAGAUCCGGGAAUAUUCGCCUGGGAAAUUCGGGAUCGUCUGUUGGCCGAAGGUGUUUGUGAUAAAAAUAAUGUGCCCAGUGUCAGUUCAAUCUCUCGGAUAUUAAGAAAUAAGCUCGGCUCGAUCGGACAAUCAAUGGUAACGUCACAUCAUUCGCUGUACAAUUCACUGUAUUCAACAUAUCCGUACGGGGCAACAUUGAAGACAACUUCAUGCGGCAGUCCGUCACCCCCACAACCCGCCCUACAAGGUCACUGUUGGCCAUCAUCGCAUUCUGUGUCGGACAUUCUGGCCGGUGUGCAUCAUCAAGCGCUGCUGCGCGGUCCAUGUCCAACAAUGAUGCCAAUGCAUCAUCAAUCCGUGCAGUCGAAUUCAUCACAUCACAGUUUACAGCCAUCACAUCAGAUGAUCGAUCCACGGAAUUCACAGCAAACGUACAACUAUCAUAUGUACAUCCAAAAUGGGGGCAUUCAAAUGCAUCACGGUGGACUGGCUAGUGCUAGUGGUUUAUGAGAACAUUUCUUUCUUUGUGGUCUACGUAAAAAGUGCAUUAUUUUUAGACUGCGCGGUUCGAUUCGAUUUUGUGCGUAGCAAAAGGGACAGUCUCGUUUUACCAAACCAAAAACUGAUCGUCGUCGUUAUUUAUAAUUUUAAACCGAACAACUCGUGCCUUAAACUUAAAAUUCACAUGCCCAAUGGCAAUAUUUGGGUCAUGCAAGUGUUUCAAUUAUAGAGUUUAACGCAACACCAACCAGCAUCCACAGAUGGUAUUAUUGUUUAAGAAAUAAUUGCAAAUUUUGUUUAUUUUGAACAUUUUAUAAUAUUUGUUGUGUUUCCUCUCGUAUAUAAGUCUUAUAAGUUUUAGAAGUAUAAAAUUGUGCAAAUUGCUGGAAUACUACACCUACCUUACACAAUAUGCGACAGCCUAUAUAUCCGAAAAAAAACACGGUUUUUGUACGUUUCCCGAUCACAAUUUUCGCAAUUUGAAAAUAUGGUUUUUUGUUUACAUAUUUUAACACUCCGAAGUGAGCGCGAUGUGAAAUGUAUAAUGUAUAUUUGUGAUGUGUGUACGUGACUUUGAACGAAUGGACUGUGGUUUUGAUUACUUUUUAUUACAAUGCACACAAACACCGGAUGUCGAUUAGGAAAUUUUUCCUGUUGUUCCAUUUUUAGAAAAUUCGAAAAUUAUUUUCUUCGACAGCCGAUUGGAAAACUGGCCGGUCUCAAUAUCUUAUUACUAUGACAUGGAUUAGAUAUGAAUAAGCCCCGAGGUGUAGAAGGAUUCUUUUGAAAAACAGCCGAUCGGAAUCGGACGCAUUUUCCAUUGGAAUUUUUCAUAUGUUCCCAGACAGGUAUUCGACCCUAAAAGCCAAAAGCACUUUCAAAAAAAUUCUUUGAAGCUGUGUGGCUGGUCGGAGGGGUUCAAAAACCGAAAACAUGGACUUCUCUUACAGAAAUUCCUCCAGUUACUUGAAACGUAUAAUGUCGUUUGGGGUGUCAUUAGAAAGGUAGUUGCAUGUACUUCCGGGGAAAAUAGGGUCUUAUAGUGUUUAAAAUUCAUCCACACUGAUAUAUGUGCACUGUGCAGUUGUAGUUUUCAACCGAAAAAAGACAGAAAACUCACACUUUUCUUA